GGCGUAGUCUUGUAGUUUAGCGGUGUGGCAGGACACUUUCUGCAGGGAGGGCUGUUGUUGAAGUUAUUGGGUCACGUCGCAGCAGACCGAGACAAGCAACCAUGACUUCAACAAAUAUGUUUCAGGGACUUGAUGGUGGUGGCAAACCGAGUUCAAGGGUACUAAGACCUCCAGGUGGAGGGUCAAGCAAUCUCUUCGGUGGUUAUGAAGAAGACACGUCUGGAGGCAGAAAGCCAAACAAAAUGUCCUCCUCUAUUUUUGCACCUCCAGAAGAGGCCCAGGGGAGUCCCAAACGCUCCAAUCCCCCAGGUGGAAAGAGCAGUGGGAUAUUUGGUGGGCCAGAGGCUCCUUCGACUCAGAGCAAGCCAGUUUCUUCUGGUGGAGCAGCCAGUAACAUUUUUGGGGCUGCAGAGUCUACCCCACCCUCUGUGAAAAGUCAGCAUCCCAACAAACCAAAGGACAAUUUAAGUGUGGGUGUACCUGCUACUCCAGAUCCACCAGCCCCAGUGCCUAAGAAGGAGACUGUAGUUGAGGAAGUGAAGGCGGAGCCAGUGCCCCCUCAACCAACACCUGAAAAAGAGCCAGCAGCCCCUGCACCCGCAGCCAAUCAGAAAUCUGAGCCAGCUACACAGCAACCAUCAGAAAAGGACCACGAGCCACGCCUCGGACCCCGCCCUCGCUCUCACAACAAAGUGCUCAACCCUCCCGGUGGAAAGUCCAGUGUGGUUUUCUAUUAGCCAUAGCCAUCAUCAUCAUCAUCAUCAUCAUCAUCACUUCCUUUCUCCCAUCUGCUUUUAAACCUCUACUAAAACAUGUCCUUUCUCAUUCUUUAGUUUUUGGUUUUUGUUUUUUUUUUGUUUGUUUUUUUUUUUCCCCUUCAAAUCUGUCACUCUUCAUUCCUUUUUUUGCUCCUGCACUUUUUUUGAUUCAUUCCUCACUUUCCUUUUUCCUUUCCAUCUGAUUACAAUCAUUGUUGCUGUCGCACCAAAAACCGAAUGGUUGUUUCCUUUCGAACGGUUUGCAUUGACGGUUGUUUCUCUGUAUAAUUCUGUUCUCUCAAUUUGCUAAUGUAUAAUAAACAGGUUUGCCUCAUGAAAGUCAGCACAGUCUAUGCAGUGUUUAACUGGUACCACUAUUGGUCGCCAAAGCGAACUCUUCAGUAUCAAGCGUAUUCAGAUCUUCCUUUGAAAACCAGUGAAUGUGUUCUGAUGGCAAUUUCUUUUGUGCAAUAAGGUUACUUCAUUUCUUUUUUUUUUUUUUUUUUUUUUUUGUUACUCUGCUCUAGCAUUUUUUUUUUAAAUAAGACACAAAGCCAAAUGUAAAAGUAGUCGUUUAAAUGGCUAACCAAACGCACAGUUUUUGUAACUGAGGACAGCCAAAGCACACAUGUAUGACAAUAUGUACAAUCGGACAUCCCAUUAAAAUGUUCAUACAUGCAUUUGAAUGUAACCAGAGACCCUUAAACUCAGAGAAUGAUCUGAUUCUGCACUUGAAAAGAGUUGCUGCAGCAUUGAUUCUUGAAUACUUCUGUUGAAUUUGGCCUUUCCUCCCAUUAGACAUCUGCUUUAUUCUUUACAGGGCAGUUGGAAGGUCAAAUGUCUGUGAGCGUGUGUGGGCAUUUCCUGCAUUACUGGUGCCAUCCCUGCCCCAAAUACUUCAGUGGUUGCUUGGCAAUGUGACUUGCUGCGGUGAUGUCACAGAGGCCUGUUUCAUACAAUACACCUCUGUAUUGUUCAUGUGUAUGCCGUUUUGUAUUGCAUAAUUUUUCCAUGACAAUAAAAGGAUGUUUUACCAUGUUGCUUGAAAUAAACUAACAGAAAUCUUCAUUUGAAAAGUUA